UGCUCUCUCUCAUCAUUCGAAAAGCAAACCUUGAGGCAAACUACUACUGUCGCUGACACACCAGUGAAAACAUGCCUGCAGACUACAAUGGACGCUGGGAGAUGGUGACCAAUGAGAACUUUGAAGAGGUCAUGAAAGCCCUCGAUAUCGACUUUGCCACCAGAAAGAUCGCUUGCCACCUGCAUCAGACAAAAGUGAUUGUUCAGAAUGGAGAUAAGUUUGAAACCAAGACCCUGAGCACCUUCAGAAAUUAUGAGGUCAACUUUACUGUGGGUGAGGAGUUUGAGGAGCAAACAAAGGGUCUGGACAACCGAAAAGUCAAGACUCUGGUUACCUGGGAUGGGGACAAGCUGGUGUGUGUUCAAAAGGGGGAGAAAGAAAAUCGUGGCUGGAAACACUGGAUUGAGGGAGACCUGCUACAUCAGGAAAUCACUGUUCUGGACAAAGUCUGCCAUCAAGUAUUUAAGAAGGCACCAUAAGAAUGUUAUCUGUACAAAACUAAGUGUUUUAUUAUGCUGCUGUCUAUUUUAGAUGUGGAAAACUCUAA